GCGUCCGGCAUGGCAGCGAGCGCUGAGAAGGGCAGCACGACGACGCAGCACCGCGACCUGCUGGAGGAGGACGACGAGUUUGAGGAGUUUGAGCAGCAGGAGUGGGCCGAGGGGGACCAGGACGUGGAGGACCCGACGAUGUGGCAGGAUGGCUGGGAGGACGACGAGGAGGACGAGAACUUCACCAAGCAGCUGCGCGCCGAGCUGCAGCUCACGCAGGCGGCGGCCAAGGCCGCCGAGCCUGCGGCGAUGCAGCAGCAUGAGAAGAAGAAGGGCAAGAAGAAGGGCAAGAAGAAGGGCGGCGGGGGCGGCGCUGGGCCGUCGCAAGAGGCCGAGGCGCCGGCAGAGGAGGCAGCAGAGGAGGCGGUGGCGGCGGCGGAGGAGGCGGAGCUGGCGGCGGCGCUCGAGGAGAGCGCGAGGCUGGAGGAGGGGAGGCGGGCGGCGGAGGCGCAAGGGCCGUCGUCGGCCGCAGAGGCGCCGGCUCCGAGGGAGGAGGAGCCGCCGGCCGACUUCAUCUGCCCGAUCACGACCGAGCUCAUGAGUGACCCGGUGAUGGCGGCGGACGGGCAUUCGUACGAGCGGUCGGCGAUCGAGCGCUGGCUCGCGACCAAGUCGACGAGCCCGAUGACGGGCGAGGCGCUCGUGCAAAGCUUCCUCGCCCCCAACCACACGCUGCGCCGGCAGAUCCGUGAGUGGGAAGAGGCGAACGCAUGCUGAAGAGCGCAGCGCUUGCGCCGCCCGCCCCAGGCCGGUCGCCGCAGGCGCGGCAGCGGCUUACUCUACAGUCACCCUCCCGCGGUCUCGUCUCUCGAGCGACGCCUCGGCCCUCUCUCGCGGAAUCGUAGUCCAAGCGGCGUACAUACCGCAAAGACCACAAAUGCCGCCCGAGUAGAGGGGGUAAGGUGUGUAGAGUGCGGCUGUGUAUGGAACCUCUCUCUCUGUGGAUCCCACCUGAGCCCACUCGCGGUGCGAAGGCUCCUAAUGCGGCAACUGAGCCCGCAAGGGUAGGGCACUCAGGGAGAGGUUAUGUUGGAUAAUAUGUUGUGUUGUGGCG